AUUAGGACUUGCCAGCACUUGGCAACCCUGCCGCGCAUACGUUUUGUCGCUACGUAGGCGCACUAUCGAAGGAAGGCGGCAAAAAGAAUGCACAAUGGCGUCGACUUGAAUUCAAAUCUUGAUGUUUGUGAAGAAGGAGAGCAGAGAAAAGACAUGAAUAAACCAUCUGCAAAUUUUUAGCAAAGUAAGAAGGGGUUAAUGCAUCAUGGGAUCCAAGAAAAAGUGGUAUUCACUAGAGGAAGAAAAGGCAAUGCUAGAUUAUAUUAAAAAGCAUGGCAAAGAAACAGGACAACACAGCGUCAGGGGCAAUGCAUUGUAUAAAGAUAUGGAGAAAAAGAAGAUAACUUGUCACCCGUGGCAGAGCAUGAGAAGCAAAUGUUUUCAGUUACUUGAGGGUGAAAAUGCUAGAUUCCAAUUUCGACAGUUGAUUUCAUCAAAUACUUAUGGCAAGGCCGUGACAGUACUGACUUCGAAUGCAGCAGCUAAAAAAAAGCAUGACAAAUCCACAAAAAGUCGCAGUUUAAAUCAAGUUACAAAAAGCAAAAAGGAGGGAGGAAAAACUGACGAAUGCGUUCUUGUUGAAGGAGCUCAAAAUCCCAGGCGCAGCCCAAGGAAAAGAAUCAGAAGAGUAUUGGAUGAAGAAGAUGAAAUUGAAGAAAUAGAUGUUCCAGCACAAAAUCCCAGACCCAGUCGAGUGCUAGAAACCAGCCUUGACGAUCCAGUUGAAGACAGUGAUGACGAAUGCACAGAUAAUGAAGAUGCUGACACAAAACGUCUCAAACGAAGCCCCAGACGAAAGGCCAGAAGAUAUCAGGGAUUAGAAAAUCGUGUUCAGGUUCAUGAAGUAGAUGCUUCUGCUCAGAGUCCAAGACGCAGUCAAAGGCUUGAAGUUAGAAAUGAGGAAAUACACGAAGAUAGUGACAACGAUGGCAAUAAUAACGAAGAAAUCCCGGCUCCAAGUCCUAGACGAAGAAAAAGAAAAAUGCCAGAGAAAGAGGAAACACAUGUAAACAAAGCGGUUGAAAACAAAACUGUCCACGAGGAAAGUGAAGAGCUACUCGAAUAUUUUAAGACUGAGGAAGGAGAGAAAAGAUUCAGGAUGAUGAUUUUUGAAGACGAAGUGUCGGAACUUAUGGUUAGUCUUGGAAAGACAUACAGAGACGUGUUCCAAGCCAUUUAUUGGGGCAGCGGACUAAUAGAAGAGGCAGAACAUAUAUUAAAGAAUCAAACAAUGAUUGAUGGUUCACAGCCAUGGAACCCUGAUGAUGACCAAAUCCUCAUUGUCGGAAAAGAAAAAGAUGUCAACGAGCUUAUCAAAAGACGUGGAAUGGAUGCCGUUACCCAACGCGUGAAUUUUCUUACCUGAAAUAAUAUGUACAUUAAACAUCGUAUUAUUUUAUCAAUUUAUGAUCUUAUAUCCAAAAUGUUUGCUUUUAGCCGGAGUAAAGCUCGUGCUUUGAAAAUAAGACGAUAUACAAUGUAUAGAACAGAUGACAAAUAUAGGUGUAGGACAGGAAGAAUAACAAAGAAGGGUAGAAAUUCGUUUCCCCAGUAAUAAAGUGCGAGGGGUUUGUGAUUGGAUAUGGGCUGCGUUUAGGCUUGGAUGAUGGGUCAAGACAAAACUUUGGUAUUAAGCUGGGUGCAAUGUUGAAAGAAAUUGGUUUCCUUCGAUAGGUGUUGAGUCACCAAUCUGAUGGGUACGCAUUGAAAUAAAAAAACUCCAUUGGAUUUUUGCAGCAUUCCAGUUGAACUAGACUUGAAGGAGGUAAUCAUUACUUGCAAAUUGCCGUUAAUAACAGCUGCUUAGGCAAGAUACAUCUGUGAAGCGCUUUGGUUAUUUAUCGGACGCUGUACGUAGCACGACCACCUGGUCUGUUUUUUGUCAUUAAUGAUUUAGACGUUCUUAAAGUUUUGAGUUCAUAAUGAAAUUUUGUGUAUUUAUCUUUGGACAUUGCAUCAAUAUAUAUAAAACUGAACGUUUUACGUUUUGCUAGAUUCAGAGGCUAUAAAAGUUACUUAAUGUAAAAAGAUUGUUUUCGAAAAUUUUCAUCCACACGGCUAA